AUGAAUGAAAAUUUGAAUGCUGAUACAAACGAAGAAAUCAAUUUAAUUAGUAAUGAAGAUAAUCAGAUUGAUGGAGAUGAAUAUAACCGUAAUAGUAAAAAUAAAGACAAUUAUGUUAAUAAAGACGAAUAUAAUUAUACUAAUGAAGACGUUGAUAAUUAUGCUA